GCACCUGGGAAUAUGGCCCUGCGAGAGAGAGGAACCAGCAGCAGCCUCCUCAAUGACAAGCAUGAACAGAACUCUAGUCGUGUUAUUACAAUUGUCUUCCUGGCACUCUUCAUUGACUUGUUGGGAUUUGCUCUCAUCUUGCCGCUCUUUCCUUCUAUCCUUGAUUAUUACAGCCAGACUGAGGAUGGAUUCUAUUUGUCAUUGCAACGUGGUGUGGACUGGUUUGCAGUGAUGGUUGGGAUGCCUCCAGAGCGGAAAUACAACAGCGUCUUGUUUGGAGGUCUGAUUGGAUCAAUCUUUUCCAUCCUACAGUUUUUCUCCUCUCCGCUUACUGGUGCUGUGUCGGACUGCUUGGGCAGAAGGCCUGUGAUCUUGAUGACAGUGAUGGGUUUGAUAACAUCAUACUCACUAUGGGCUGCCUCUAGGACUUUUGGCGUUUUUCUUCUCUCCAGGAUCAUAGGUGGAAUAAGCAAAGGGAAUGUCAGCCUCUCCACAGCUAUAAUUGCUGACUUGCACUCUCCAAAAGCACGAAGCAAGGGCAUGGCAAUGAUUGGCGUCGCUUUCUCCCUUGGUUUUACCCUGGGUCCCAUGAUCGGAGCUUACCUAGCCAUGGAGACAGAGAAAGGAGAAGUAUUCUAUCUUCGUUCGGCAUUGUUAGCACUCGUGUUUUCUGUGGCUGAUUUAAUUUUCAUCUUCUUCCUACUUCCAGAGACACUUCCCAAAGAAAAAAGGGUCUCUUCUGUGAUGUCUGGCUUUCAGGCAGCAGUUGACUUGCUCAGUCCUUUGGCUUUAUUUCGGUUCUCUGCACUCACCCGAGGAAAGGAAUCCCCUUCAGAGGAGAAUCUUUGGAAUCUCAAAAUCUUGGGCCUGGCUUAUUUCCUGUACCUCUUCCUGUUUUCCGGCUUGGAGUAUACACUGAGUUUUCUCACCCACCAGAGAUUCCAGUUUUCUAGCAUGCAGCAGGGCAAGAUGUUUUUCUUUAUUGGAAUAACAAUGGCUGUGAUCCAGGGAGGCUAUGCUCGACGAAUCAAGCCAGGAAAUGAAAUCAGAGCUGUAAAAAGGGCUAUUCUGUUGCUGAUUCCAGCUUUCUUGUUAAUUGGAUGGGCUGCAAAUGUGACCAUGCUGAGUGUUGGACUGUUGCUGUACUCUUUCGCUGCGGCCAUCGUUAUCCCGUGUUUGUCAGCAGUGGUGUCAGGCUAUGGCUCUGCCGGCCAGAAAGGACGAGUCAUGGGGAUCCUGAGGAGCCUGGGUGCCCUUGCCAGAGCCCUGGGACCGAUCCUGUCAGCUACAGUGUACUGGCUGGCAGGGGCAGAGGUUUGUUUCACUGUCUGUGCAGCUUUCUUCCUCAUCCCCUUCAUUUUACUUGGUUCUAUAAAACAGCAGACAAAGGAGGAGUAG